GAAGGGGAGCUUGAAGAGUGGAGAAGUAUGACAGUGCGUGUGUUAGCUGCAGAAUUCCAUCACUCUUAGCAACGAGCCGCUUUUACGUUGCUACGGUAACGCUGUCUCGUGUGCUCUAUUGCUGCUCGCCUCUCUCUCUCUCUCUCUCUCGCUCUCUCUCUCUCUCUCUCGCUCUCUCUCUCUCUCUCGCUCGCUCUCUCAAUCCACACCUCCGGUCCACUUCCUGUCUGCUUUGCCACGUCGAUACACUCGGAGACGAGGAGUCCGAUGCUCCCGAGCGUCCAAACUGUACAGCAGGAAGUCGGCACCUCCUCUUUUCUCACGCUUUCCUCCUCCUCCUCUUUGACGCCUCCUCUUCCUCGUGGAGGUCGCCGCCCACGCAGGAAGUUGAUGAACUUCCCACUUUUCAUCCUGGCCUCCCAUAUCUGACGUCCAUGUUGUUGGACCCGUGUACUUAAAACUACCUCCUGCACCUCCACCUCCUCAUCCACACCCACAUGAACUUCCACGCCCAGGAGGAGGCCACGAGACUGCUGGACAAAGAGCUGUGGGAGGAGCAAGGACUGCAUGAAGCACGACUGCAGGAGGCACACCAAAGAGAGCAGAUGAAAGUUGAGGAAGAUAUGCAAUGGACUGGGGAAGUGGAGGAGGAGGGGCAACAGGAGGAGGUACAGCCAGCCGAUGGAGAGCAAGAGGAUGAAGAAGAAGAAGAAGAGGAGGUGCAACAGGCUGUCAAAAUGGAGCAGGAAGAUCAACCUGAUGAGAUGCAGCAAAUGGUUCACCAAGAAAGCAAAGAGGAAGAAGAGGAGGUAGAAGAGGAGAAAGAGGAACACGCAAAGGAGGAGGAGGAGGACGCACACCAAGGAGAGGAGAUGAACAUGGAGAAGGAGGUGCAGGAGAAGAUGCAAUGGACGGAGGAGGAGGAGGAGAGAUUUCUUUCUGAUAAGGUGCAACAGGAGGAGGUACACCUAAUUGAUGAGGAGCAACAGGAAGAGGCGGAAGAAAAGGUGGUGCAGCAGGUUGUCAACAUGGAGGAGGUGGAGCAAACUCAGGAGGUGGAGGUUCAGCAAGAGGGUGAGGAGGUGGAGAAGCAGGAGGAUGAACACAUGAAGGAGAUUAUGGAGCAAAGCAUGGAGGAGGGGGAACAAGAGGAGGGCCUGCAUGCUGUUAGUAAGGAGCAACAGGAUCAAACUGAGGAGGAGGUGCAGCAACAGGAAGAGGAACUCAUAAAUGAGUUGCCGCAGGAGGAAGAGGAGGAGGAGGUGCAGCAGGAAGAGACAGCUCAACAAAUGGAAGAGCGACGAAUGAAGGAGGCACAACAGGAGGAGGUACAGCUUGCUGACAGGAUGGAGCAGGAGUAUCAAACUGAGGAGGUGCAGGAAGAGCAACACGUGAAGGAGAUGCUACGAGAGGAGUUGCAGCACGGACUGGAGGAGAUGCCGCAGGAGGAGGAUAAUGCUGUGCAGCAAAAAGAAGAGCAACAAAUAGAGGAGGAGGUGCAGAAGCCGGAUGAGGAACAAAUGAAAGAGAUGCCGCAGGAAGAGGAAACACAAACAGAGGGGGUGCGGCGGCAGGAAUGUGAGGAGGAGGUGCAGGACUUUGUGGACCCUGUGGAGCAAAACCACAACAGUCAGGUUCUCAUUCGCCUCAGAGGAAUGCAGAAAUACAAAAACACAUCACAGAGGCUGAAAGCUGUCUUGGAUCAGAUGGAUCGCGGCGUGGUCGACAUUCAGGAGCUGCGCAGUAACCUUCAGAUGGCGGCCGCCAUGUUGGAUGCUGUCUACAAGGACGAGACCAGCAGACGUCUCCUGGACCCCGAGGACGAACUGAGCGACCUGCAGGCCGAGUCGGUACCCAGGGAGGUCCGCGAUUGGCUGGCCUGCACGUUCAGCCGCAAGAUGGGCGUGGCCAAGCGCCGGCCCGAGGAGAAGCCCAGAUUCAGGAGCAUUGUCCACGCCGUGCAAGCCGGGAUAUUUGUGGAGCGGAUGUACAGACGGACAUCCAACAUGGUCGGACUGACGUACCCUCCCACGGCUCUCGCAGCUCUCAAGAAUGUGGACCAGUGGUCCUUCGACGUGUUCUCCCUUCACGAGGGCACGGGCGAGCACGCCCUCAAGUUCCUGGUCUACGAGCUGCUGACGCGCUAUGACCUCAUCAACAGGUUCAGGAUUCCGGUGCCGGCCCUGGUGCAGUUUGUGGAGGCUCUGGAGAACGGCUACAGCAAACACAAGAACCCGUAUCACAACCUGGUCCACGCCGCCGACGUCACGCAGACGGCGCACUUCCUCAUGCUUCACACCGGAACCAUGCACUGGCUAAGCGAGCUGGAAAUCCUAGCGAUGGUUUUCGCAGCGGCCAUUCACGACUUUGAGCACACGGGAACCACAAACAAUUUCCACAUCCACACAAGGUCAGAGGUCGCCAUCUUGUACAAUGACCGCUCGGUACUGGAGAACCACCACGUGAGCGCCGCCUACAGGCUGAUGGCGGACGAGGACACAAACAUCCUGGUCAACCUCAACAAGGACGACUGGAGGGAGCUUCGCGCGCUGGUGAUUGAGAUGGUGAUGUCGACGGACAUGUCGUGUCACUUCCAGCAAAUCAAGACCAUGAGGAACACCCUCUCGCAGUCACAUGGUGUGGACAAGGUGAAGGUUUUGUCUCUGAUGCUGCACGCCGCUGACAUCAGCCACCCUGCUAAAACAUGGCCGCUGCACUACCGCUGGACGCAUAGCCUCAUGGAGGAGUUUUUCAGACAGGGAGACAAAGAAGUGGAACUGGGCCUUCCUUUUUCUCCUCUUUGUGACCGCAAAGCCACCAUGAUCGCACAGUCUCAGAUCGGUUUCAUCGACUUCAUCGUGGAGCCGACGUUCAGCGUCCUGGUGGACGUGACCGAGAAGGUGAUCGGUCCCCUAAUAGACGAGGAAAAGAAGGCCCAAGAGACGGGUAACCGACGUCCUAGCCUGACAGGCAGCGGCUCGGUCACGGUGGAGUCUGUCCAGAGACACAGCAGCUGUCGCCACGGCAACCGAGAUGACGGACAGAUGGACUUCUCGUUGACCGCCAUUGACCUGCCUGCGCUAAGGAAGCACUUGAGUGAUGUCAUCAACAGGAACAAGGACAGGUGGAAGGAACUCUCUGUGGAUGAAUUGGCCACGAAGGAGCAAGAUGACCAGGAGGAGGUGGAAUCUAAGCUCAAAAGCCAUACGGCUGACCAAUCGCUGCACUCGCCUCCAAGCGCACUUGAUGAAACGCGUAACCACGACAACCACGACCAAGAGUCACCUGACAUCCAACCUGAAGACCACACCAGAUGGAACGGGGCCGGGCCGGGAGAGGAGCACGAAGACCAGGAAGUGCCUGAAAAUGCCUAAUUGGGACAUCUGCUGUGCAUUCUGCUAGGGAAACUGUCACCAUGGUGACAAAUUGUAAGGUGUCCCGCAGGGGUCCUGGCAAAGGCCAGUGGAUCCUUUCUUUUUGGACUGACCUUGAAGGCUUUACGCCAUCACGACUUCCUGUGCAAACAAACAAAACAAUCUGUUUGACAGAAAGUGUUUGAUUUUACACAUUGAACACUGAACAAGCAUUUAGCUUAGCACCCAUCAAGCUAGCUGGAUACCUAGCUUAGCGUGAGCGUUACAGACACAUGGAGCGCUUGUUUGGAUCAUCACAUCGCCAUGGUAACCGUCUAAAAAAAGCCAGAAGCCAAUGAAGCACUGUGAGUGCGUGUUCGUGUGUGUGUGUGUGUGCCGUUAUUGUAAACUUUGUGUGCGUGUGUAUGUAUGUGUGUCUGUUCUACAGAUGUUUUUGUGUUUAAAUUGAAAUAAAUAUU